AUGGCCUGGUUGCCGCAGUUACUUAGUCAAAAUGUUGUUACUUGUUUCCAGGUUUUAUUGGCAAAUGCGCUGAGUUGGAUUUUGCUGUUGUGUGUUUCCCACUCAAGUUUCCUUCCGUCGGAAGCGCUGCCGGUCGGAAACUCGCCGAAGGGCAGUCGAAGGGAGGCGAGUGGUUCCGAUGAUGACUCGGAUAACGUAGAACAGGCAUUUAUCUCACCUGAACAUCAGGUGUAUAUGCGCCUUACGAUGAAUAAACCACAAAUGGACAGAAACUUGCAUAAAAAACCUCCGACAUACGUACGGAGGGGAAAAUUAUUUAAUCGCAAUGGUUACCUUUUAAGAAUUAAACGCGAUGGAACCGUGGAUGGGACUACGGACAGUAAUUCUCCUCUAGGUAAGUGCUUCAAUAAAUAUUUUUGUUUUAAAUUAAAAAAGACGAAGAAGUCAAGUGACCUAAUUUGAAUCGAACCGUGAUACGAGUCACAUGAUGUGAUGUUCAGACAAAACACUCUACUCUUCCAGUACUUUUAAGGCUCGAUUUCCCGCCGCAGUUUGGGAAGUGAGCCUGCGUUCCUUCCCCGUAGAGACUCCAGAAGAUCGAAAAAAGGAGUCGAGAAGGCGGCAGAAACCGAACGUAAGAGCCCCUCCCUCCCUACUCAAGAAUAUCAACUUGUACAAAGAAACUGUCGAGGAUGCGCUGUGAAUGCCUCAGAAGGGACGUGGGGGGGGGGGUUUGGAAGACUACCGUGCUUUGGAAAAUAUAAUUCAAUAAAGAAAAAAAAUCACCUCACAAGGGAAAUGCAACAAGCACUGUAGGACCCCCUUCCCUUCCCUUGGAUCAAAUGUACCUUGGAGCUCAGGGGGAUAUGAGGUCAAGUGAACCUAGGAACCCCCUUUAAAGUUACACCCCUGUCAUUUGACAAAGAAACAAACUUGCCCCACCCCUUUGGUUUUUGAGUGGGCUUUUUAGCACUCAUACAGGCUUGCCGAAGCUCAACCUGAUCUGACAGCAAAGUAGCAUUGUAUCACGAAACACGGCAGUCAGACGCGUGCGCAUGCGCGAACGUUUUAGCGAAUGAGGCGUACUUUCGGAACCAAGUUGUGUUUUUCGAAAUUUUGCGCAGGAAAUUGGCGUGCGGUCGGCCAAAAUUGAUCUAUUUGCGCAUACUCGACGUUUGACCGCUGUGUUGUCUUACGAUAAACAACUUCUUUUAACUAUCACUAACACAUACUGAGCGGUAUUCCAGGAAACUAACCUACUUUAUUUUUUUCACGUUCCAACAGCUGAGUUGGAGUUCCACUCAAUCGGGACCGGGUUGCUAAUGAUACUGGGCCUGACAAGUCAAAGAUAUUUAUCGUUCAGUGAAAAAGGUGUCUUACGCGGAAUUGUAAGUAGAAAUGCUCAGUUUUAUGUGAUUGUUAAGAGAUGGAGAUUUAAUGGCUGCUCUUUAUACUGGCCGAGAAAUCUAGAUUGAGUCACUAGUUUUUACUGUUGCUACUCUCUGAUUGGUUGAUCUUUCUCAACCAAUCACACGAAAGCUUCAAGGGCUACAGGUGAAGUAGCCCUGAGCAUUUUCCCAGGCUUAACACCGUAUGCGCUUCAAGUUCUUAUUAGCUGACUGCUUUGAUACCUAUGCUGUGAUUGGCCACAACGUUGUACUCGAUACACAGGCGCAAAUAGGAAAAAGGAAUAUUUUGCACUCUUUUCACUCCAAUUCUGCUGCUAUAAGGCUUUUAAUCUUCCGCCAUUUCUCCUCACACUGUUUAUUUUUUCUUCUAAUCGAAAUAGGAGGAACCGUCGCUAAACUGCGUUUUUAAGGAAAUUCAGGAAGAAAACACGUACCAUUCGUUCUUGUUGUACAAAAACACAAAAUGGUUAGUUGGAAUAAAGAAGAACGGCCGAGCAAAGGGGGCUUCCCUAACAAGAGUAGGUCAAAAAUCAACGCAAUUUAUAGUUAAAUAUAAUUAA